UUGUCUUUGUAGUUUGUUCCUUUUCGUUGGUUGUUGCAGUUGAAAAUAAUUCCUUGUUUUUCCUUUCUUAAAGGGGCAGUCUUCUAUUUGUGGAGUGGAGUUCUUAGAUUUCUAUGGUGUCAGCAGUUGAAGAUGAAGAACUGAAGCAAUGAUGGUGAACUUUAAGUAAAAUUUACUUGCUUUGCUUGCAUCUGGGUGUCCAUUAGUUUUUAUAUUCUCCCUGGAGUGAUGCUUUGCCUAAAGGAUGCAGCUUUGGAUGAAGACCAUCAUGUUCAUUCUCAAAGCCCUGAAAAUAAUAGCCUUGAUGAGAGUGGAGAUUACAAUGGUGAUAACGCCGGGGGUUUUAUUUUACCAAAGUGGGCAAGUUCUAUUAAUAGGUAUUUGCAAUGGAAAAGCGGCAAGGUUUGGAGCAGAUCAUUUUCAGCCGAGGAUGACCCUUGUAACUCUUGUUCUGAGUUGGAGGAGGAUGCUAAGCCUCAGGAAAGGAGUAGACAAGAGAAAAGUGAGCAGAUGUGUCAUUAUAAAUACCAGCUUGAAGAAGUAGUUAAAAAGUUGCAGCAACAGUUGCACGAAGAAACUGAUUUGCACUUAGCUCUAGCAAGUGCUGUUGAAUACUCUGGUUCACCUACAUCUAAUUCUCUCAGCAAGCUUCCAGACAAGGUCCAAGAGCUUUUAGAUAGCAUAGCUGUUCUGGAGAUUAUAGUGUCAAAGCUUGAGCAGGAAUUUCUUUCUUUACAAUAUCAGCUUAUUCAGGAAAGGAAUGAGCGACGUCUUGCUGAGUACUAUUUAAAGCAUUAUCCAUGUCCCACAACAUCACUUUUCGAUUGCUCUCUGGCUUACUUAACAGAACCGAUUGCAAAGCCUUGCAAUGAAGAGGAAACAGAAGAAAACCUGGAUGAUAUAUUUCCAUCAGAGGCUGCUAUUGAUGACAAUUAUAGUGUGGAGAACCUUUGGCAUCAUCCCAAUCAGCUAUCUGAAGAAAUGGUCCUGCGUAUAAGAGAUAUUUUCGUCUUCUUAGCAGAUUCAUCAAAGCAUUCUUCAUCAGAGUAUAUGGUGUCACCCGCUUCUCCUCACUGUCCCCUUGCAAAUUUUUUGGAACCAUUCUCGAACUCGUCCAUUGUGACUUCCUUAGCAAGGACUUCCUCAGGAGGUAGUGCAUAUGAUCCAUAUGGAGUCUUUGGCAAAGUCAACUGGAAAUGUAGUAUUGGGACCUACAGCACAGCAGUUGAAGUUUCACAGUUGUCUGUUGGAAAGAAUGAACUUAAAUAUGCCACGAUGGCUUUAAAAAGAUUCAGAUUGCUAGUUGAGCAGUUGGCUAAAGUGGAUCCAUUGCAAAUGAGUUACAACGAGAAGUUGGCAUUUUGGAUUAACAUCUAUCAUGCUUUGAUGAUGCAUGCGUAUUUAGCAUACGGAGUUCAGAGAAAUGAUAUCAAACUAUUUUCCUUAAUGCAGAAGAUGCUAACAGCAUGGCAUGAUGACAUGCAGGCUUCCUAUACUGUCGGAGGACUCUCGGUGUGUGCAGCUGACAUAGAAUGCACUGUACUGAAAAUGAACCCUUCUACUUAUCAACCGCAAAUUAAAUUCAGCCCUUCUAACGAGCAGCAAAAGUAUAUAAUCGAUCAUCCAGAGCCUCUUCUACGUUUUGCUUUAAGCUGUGGGUUACAUUCUUCUCCAGCGGUGAGGAUUUUCACGCCUGAAAAUGUCAUCGAGUUGCUAAAAAGGUCAAUGAAAGAGUACACUCAAGCAUCUGUUGGUAUAAGUAACAAAGGGAAACUAUUGGUGCCUAAAUUGUUGCAUUGCUUUGCCAAAGGAGUUAUCAAAGACUCGCUUUUACCUGAUCGGAUUUGUCGAUUCUUGACGCCGGAGCAGGCUUCCAAGGUUAGAGACUGCUUAUCACGUAAUAAGAACCUAACCUGUGGUCGGAGCUUCUCUAUACUACCUUUUGAUUCGAGGUUUCGGCUUAUCUUCCUAUUGGAUGGUGAUGGGAACUCCUUUUCCUCUACAUCAUAAGACCAAUCAUGCUUAUAACUGCUAAAGCAGGCAAGCAAUUCUUCAGCAUAACAACUGUUCCCAUGCUGUCUACUACCCUGUAAUGUGUAAAUGCAUCGCAUUGUAUAGUAGUGUUAUGCUUUCCUGCCAUGAGAGAAAAAGGGGGGGGGGGAUCAAAGCCAAGAAUCCACCCUUUUUAUAUAGCAAAAGUAAAACGGAAAUUUCUUCAGAAUGCCCCUUUAAUGAAAGCAGAUGAAAAUAAGUUUUCUUUA